ACCGGAAGAGGCUCAAAUAGUUUACAUUGGUCACUGAGCUUGGGUGCUACAAUAUUAAACCUUACAUCAUAUGGCCUUCUUUCAGUGUUGUUUAGACAGAUCAUCAGUACGCAAAAACUCUUUCUUUGUAGCAAAAGUGUCGAAGGCAGAAUAGACAACAUGAUAAUAUACAAGAAGCUGAAUCUGGAAGCAUUUUACUGCAAAUAUCAGCAAGACGUGAACUUUACUUCAUAGUUGGUAUUUGUAUUUUUGUUUUGGCUUUUUUUUUUUCGGCUUGAAUUCUUUCUUCGCCAUCUCACAGUUUUCACUGCGACGUGGAACGACUUCAGUUGGCCGACUCCACCAUGGAUAAAUAUCAAAGAUUGCGGAAGAUAGGCGAGGGAGCCUUUGGAAAAGCUGUUCUAGUGCGACACAAGGGGAACAACAGACAGUGUGUGGUGAAAGAAAUCAAUAUUGUCAGAAUGUCACCAAAAGAAAGAGAAGAGUCAAGGAAGGAGGUUGCAGUUCUAGCUCAGCUGAAACACCCCAACAUUGUAGCAUAUAUAGAGUCAUUUGAAGAGUCAGGAACACUCCAUAUUGUCAUGAACUACUGUGCUGGAGGGGACCUGUAUUCCAAAAUCAACAGUCAACGAGGUGUGUUGUUUGCAGAAGAACAGAUCUGGAACUGGUUUGUACAGAUCUGUUUGGCCAUGAAACACAUUCAUGAUCGAAAGAUACUGCAUAGAGAUAUAAAAUCUCAGAACAUAUUUCUGACAACAAGUGGAGCAGUCCAACUAGGAGACUUUGGAAUUGCAAAAGUGUUGAAUAACACUGUUGAGCUGGCCAGGACUUGUAUAGGCACACCAUACUACCUGUCUCCUGAAAUAGUUGAGAACAAGCCAUACAACAACAAAAGUGAUAUCUGGUCUCUUGGUUGUGUGCUGUAUGAACUGACAACACACAAGCAUGCUUUCGAAGCUGGAAACAUGAAGAAUUUGGUGCUGAAAAUUAUCAGAGGGUCUUAUCCUCCAAUUCCUCCUCAGUACAGUUAUGACUUGCGAGGACUUAUUGCACAGCUCUUGAAACGUGCUCCAAGGGACCGACCAUCCAUUAACUCUAUAUUACAGAAAAACAUUAUCAUGCAGCGAGUAAGAAGCCUUCUUUCAGCAGAGCAAAUUGCUGAUGAGUUCAGUCACACUGUCAUGCAUGGGGCAAAAGUUGCCAAGGCCUUACCACCUGGACCUCGUCCGUCCUCAGCACCUAAGAAAGAAGCCAUACAAGGCCUGCCUCAGCAGGGCGGAAGUAUAAUCCCUGCUGCUGUUUAUGGGAGACCUCUGAGUGCCAGAAAGAGUCAGGGGAGGUCAUCUGGAGACCUCAAGAAGAAGGCAGGGGCAGGAGAUGUGGGCAAUAGGCCCCUGCCUGUACCUGGUCAAAUGGAGUGGGAACAGAAAAAGAAAGAAAUGUUGGAUAAAGAGCAGAAGCGCAGAGAAGAUUUGAAAAAACAGCAGCAAGAGGAAGCUGCACAGCGGCACAAAAAUCUUCUGGAGAAACAAAAGAUGGACCGUAUUAAUAAGAGCAAGGAAGAAGGGUGGAAGAGCCUUGUGGACUCUCUUGAGGACAAUAAAGAGUCACCACAGAGUCCACAGGCAGGUGGUGAUGCUCGUCCACUUCCUAUUCCUAAACAACUAGAGCCUGUUCAUCCCAACUUCCUUGAGAAUCGAAAACCAAGACAAGCUGGCAACUAUGAAGAAUACAUUAUGUACCUUGACAAAUUAAAGAACCAAAGGAUUGAGCGAGAAAAGGCAUUGGACCAGAGAGCUGCAGAGUAUAUGCAGGCACCAAAGUUACCUGCCCAGCAGAACAACAUUGGUAAUGGUAAUGGCAACAACCUCCCAUCACCUGCUGUUUAUGCUGUACAACAGGCUAACUACAGCAGGCAAAAGGCAGCAGAAGCAGCGGAAAGAGCCAGAGUUACUGAGGAUUAAAUGAGGCGACGUGAGGCUGCCAUGAACAAGGCUCGUGGACACGCUGAAUUGUAUGGAUACCGGCCUCCCUCAGGCGCAGGGAAAGCAUCACCAUCACCCAGGCCAGGGCAAGCCAGACCAGCCCUUCAAUUAGGCCGUAAUAAAGAAGAACAGGAGUAUCUUCAGAACCUUCGACAGAUUCGUGAGCAAAACAUGCAUGAACGUAGAGCCAUCAAACACAAGCUGACAGCAGAUGACAACAUUGGUGAGAAAAAGGAAAUAGAAGCAGAACAGAGAAGGAAGAAAGUUGAAGCUUUAAGGCAACAAGCAGAUGACUGGGCCAAGAAAAAGAAGGACUAUCUAGAACAAGAGAGGCAAAAGCUUCUGAAUAAACAGUUUGUUGCAGGAGAUCAGGCAAAAAGACCACCCAUGACUCCCUCUAACAGGCCUGGCUCUGCCAGAUCUAUGCAGCCAGCGCCUCCUGUUCCUAUAACUGGUGUACUACAAGUCAUUGGUGUCAGAGCUGAUUCAGCAGUGCCACCUGCAGGGAAAGGGCAGAUGCCACCACAACCUGAAGAGCCUCAGGUGAGCUCUGUACAGCAGAAGAAGAUUGAAAUCCUGAAGAAACUGAAUGAGCAAAGCCCUGCAAGGGGCAAAUGGGGAGCAGGGGGUGCUGAUGUCCCUCUUGCUGCAGCAGAGGGUGUGGAGAUGCGAGGCAAGUGGGGAAAGGAGGUCGUUAGUCCACUGGCAGUGACACAGGCAGACAGCCCAGCACCAGAAUCCUCCAGGCCACAGUGGGACAAAGAAGAGAAACUUCGGUUGAGUGCUAUUCCUUUAGAACAAACGUCAUCACAAAUGGAAGCAACAAGUGCAAGAGACCAAGUCAUCAGAAACCCUAAAAAUGUAGGAGACAACCCAUGCUUGCCGCGCAAUCAGUGGGGACGACCAGGAAGCACUGUUGUAAAGGCCCUCAACAAACUUCCUGUCUGUGAAGGAACAAUGACCCUUGACAGUGAUGGUAGUCAGGAAGGAGCAGGAAAUAGUGCCUCACCUGGAAACACCCCUCCUGCUAUUGGUUCCACAGUCACCCUGUCUAAAGGUCCUACACCUAGCCCAGUUCCAACCCCUGUCCCGUCAGUGAGGCCCCCUAUCAGGAGUGGAACUAUUACCAUUAAAGCAGCUGAUGCAGCAACAGUUUCAACCACAGCAAGCUCAGUGGAGGUGGAGAAGUUAGGAAAAGUUAGAGGCAAAGGUGGGCCAACCUCAGCAGAUGUUGUUGUCAAGGCUACUGUUGCCAUCCUACCUAUAGCCACUGACAUCUCUGCACAAAACGAUUCAGAGUUGCCUGUUGGGGAAGUUGAACUUCCUGGAUCAAACCGGUUUGUGCAAUCAGAAGGACCAGAUUCUAAUCUGUUAGAGGCCACAGAAGAUGCAAAAAGUAACAGGUUACAGACAUUAUUAGAAGUAACAGAAAUUUGCUCAGAAACUGAACAGUUUACUAGUGAAGACACCAAUACUGUUUCCAGUGAUAAGACUGUCCAAGAUAAAGAGAAUUUACCCCAGGAACAGGUUAACUUGGAAGAUGAAGAUAAAAGCACAGAUUCAGUAAAACCUCAGUCACCCACGACACCUGCUGUAAACAAAAAGCCAAAGAUACCACAGAAACCACGUCCUCUGCCAAAGCCAAACCUGCCGCUUAAGCCUGACAAAUCCUUCAUCUCUUCAGAACAAGGUUCAGAGAAACCAGCGAGUGUAGAUGUAGGAGACAAGACUGCCAAGCUUGAACAACAAAAAACAGCUGACCAUGAGAAAAAACUGCUACUAAAUAUGGAGGAGAGAUCUCAUUCAGUGCAGAAAGGUUUGACAACAGGAAACUAUGACUUAAAAGAUAUUCAGAUGCUGCGCACGUGUUCUGAACCUGACCUUACGCGGCUGUUCCGUACAACCAUCAGGUGUGUGCAGGCAACCCUUCGACGUCACCAGAGUCUUGACAUGGAGGAGAAGGAAGAAGCUCAGUCAGAUGACAGUGGGCAAGAGAAUGAAGAGGAUGACAAAUGUGAUGUGACAGAGAAUGUCUCAGCUGUAGAAAAGGACAAAGAAUUAUUAGAGAAUAAAGAUAACAAUGAUGAAGACACCAGUGAGUUUAUUGAUGAUGAUGAAGAAGAAUUGAUGAACUUGCGAGAAACCAUGCAAAGCUUUCUUAUUGAUGAUGAUGAUCCAGGUACUCCUCCCGUUGGAAAAAUCAAAUUUAGUCUCUCAGCAAGCGGAGGGUCGUCCAAGGAUGACAAAAGUGGAGGGAGAGAAGCAGUGGCGAGCGGGAAGAAAGAGAGCAGAGAUGGCGGGGUGGGGCAGCCGAAACCCUCCCAGGGCAGCCCCGUCAGGAGCAAGAGCGAGUCCCUGCUGGUACACGGCCCGCAGAGUGGCGAUGGCGGCGACAACGAGGAAGUGGGAGAGCCAGAGGAGGAGGUGCCCGAUUACAACGUAGAGGAGAUCUUCGGCAUUGAUGACAGUGAUGAGGAAACUGUUUUUGGAGACGAGGACGGCGACAGCGAUUUCGAUCUGUACAGCCGUCUGGAGCAUCAGCGGGCGGAGCUGGAAAGAGAACUCGGCUUUGAGAAAUUCAUCCAGGUUUACAAGACCGUGCAGGCUCUGCAGGAGGACGAGGAUGAGAACAUGGAGGAAGGGGCGCGGAUAGCCAUCGGCAUGCUGGGUCCGGACAAGCAGAACCUGUACCCGCGGAUCUUCCAGCUCGUCAUGGCCGACACGGCCUUCACUGAAGAUAACGUGUGACAGUCUCCUACAUGAGUGUGAAGCAGAAGGAGAGAAUCUUAAUGGAGAGGCUGAUAGAAGUUUAGAUGUCUAAACUCUUAUUUCAACAUUUAUUGUCGUUCAUGUUUUGUGCCGUUAUAGAUUAUGGAGUCGUUUUUUUUUCACAUGUAACAACUCUCGCAGAAUCACUUAUCCCAAUUCAGGUUUUUGAUCUUGUUCAUAAAAUAGCUUUUUCGUAUCUGAUUGAGUCUUUGUCUUAAAUGUAAAUUUUCCCAGCACAGUUUACCUCUGCAUCGUUUUCGGAGUUUAUCAAAUUGCGUGCCGUCGAAGAAACUGCUUUCAGAAUCACUAUAUUAACACUGGAAAGUCUGGUGUUUAGGACUUAAUCAAGAAAGCGUAUCCAAGUCUGAGUUCCAUUUUUUUUAUUUUUGUGGUUUUUGAUUAAGACUGUGCUACGGGAGAGAGAGGUGCAAGUGGAUGCUGGUGUUGCCCUAAUAGUUGGUGUACAGUGCAUGUCAGGGAAGGACGCAUUCUUCCUUAGUUCCAUGUAGUUGUAAGAUAUUUUUAAAAAUUUUGUACUAUUGAUUAUUUUUCAUAGUACUCGCGGGAAUCAUUUUUCAGGAACAUAGAAAUCUUGUCGGAAACAAGCGGAGAGGAGUGAGAUCUCGUAGGCAGUGUCGUAAGUUUUCUUGCCUGAUUUUGACCGGUCGCUGCUUAUAUUGUAGGUAUUUAAGUGUCGCCGCGUCAGUAAAACUCGUAUUCCCCUGACACAUCGUGUCAGCUUGUGUCUUCUAGUCAGGGUGCUGAUGACAGACAUCCGAAGCAAGUCCUAAAGAUAUCACUUUUGAGUUAUGUGCGUCCGUCCGUUUACAUUUGCUUUACAGGGUGCUUCGAGUAGUUACGUGUCACGUGAGUGGCUAGCACGAGCUGUGCAGUCUGUCAUCCGACCAUGUGAAAAAAGAGGGCUGUAUCAUUGACCCCACCGUAAGUUGCGGUUUUUAUGAUGUGGUUAGAGAUGAAGACUUUUCCAAACUGAUUCGUGUCGACUGCUGAGUUUUUCGUGCAUUUUUUU